AUGGCAUUACCACUUUUGCCCGUGGAUAAGGUGAUGGAAGGCUCUCUUUCUAUAAGACAAUUUUACACAGAAAAUGUUGAAAAUAGUUUGCCAGUGGAAAGCUGUAGAAUAUUCCAAAGAUAUUUCCAGUAUUACAAAUCUACAUGGCUCCAAGGACCAAAUGCAGACAUCUUGUCCGUAAACAGUGUUAUUUGGCGGACAAACAACGUAAUGGAAGUUAGCCAUCAACACCUCCGCAUGCACAUGGGUAAUAUGCAUCAACCAGAACCAUGGGUCAGGGAACCACAACGGCAAAUCUGGAUAGACCACCAGCGAAACCUCGAUUUGGCUUCUAGGCUGUUAGCUGAAGGGCGUUACACAGUAUCUGAAUUUUUGGCAUGUACUAAACAUGUUACCCCAAAUUUUGGAGUAGUCAGACCCAUACAUAUUGCCCAACCACUUCCACUUCCUGAAAUACAACCGGUUGUUGAGAAUCGGCAACCAGUUAAUGCCAGGGAAUUUAUUUUAGAAAGAUGGCCUAUUGUUGAUGGAGAAAUAAAUAUAUUGCAUUUUAUUCAUGGGCUGGACAAUGAAGAAGAAGAAAAUAUACCACAUCCAGUAUUACCGGAUAAUACAUAUAUUAGUGUUGAAGACUUGACCAUUGAACCAAUCAUAUCUGAAAGCUGUUAUAUAUGCCUUUACUCAAUGCCCACUGUCAUAGCAAUACCAUGUAGACAUCAAGGAUUGUGUGCUCCUUGCCAUCAAACAUACAUAAGGAUGCCGCCAUACAGAACAAUACCAUACUACAGAUGCCCUUUAUGUAGAGGAGAAAUUACAACAUAUUUCAUAAUUGUUUGA